AUGGCGGAAAAGAUUGUUGUUGAUUCCAAUUACUACACUCUGACCCAAGAGUGGGAGCCCGAAGACUUCCAGUCGGAAACUACAUCUAUCGCCUCGUCUAUUGCGAAGGGUCGGUUAGAAAAUGGCAGACGAUAUCAGGCUAUGAAGGAAGAUGACUAUUGGAGUCCUUCCGAUGAACAGCAAUUCGAGGCUUUCGAAAUUGGUCAUAUGAUGUUUCUGGUGUUAGACCAUGAACGAGAAAACCCUCUUCACCACGCUCCCAUCGGCAAAUCUCCUCAGCAUAUUCUGGAUAUUGGGACUGGUAAAGGAACAUGGGCUGUUGAUAUGGCAGAUAUGUAUUCAUCUGCAACUGUCCGUGGCGUCGACAUAUUUCCCCCUCCCGUGACAUGGAUGCCACCCAACUGCCUACUCGAAGUAGACGAUGUCCUCCGUGAGUGGACCUGGAGAGAGCCAUUCGAUUUUAUCCACAUGCGUCUAAUGCUGGGAGCAUUCACACCCGAGGGAUGGGAUCAAUUAUACAAGCAGUGCUAUGACGCUCUGACCCCAGGCGGCUGGAUCGAACAGAUCGAAUUAGAUGUGCGAGUAUACAGCGAUGACGGCACCCUGCAAGAAGGCGGUACUCUAGCCACAUGGGGAGAUAAUUUCAUUGGCUGCUCCGAGAGAGCCGGCCGCUCCCUCCUAACGCAGGAGACAAUGCGAGGCGCAAUGGAAAAGGCUGGUUUUGUCGAUGUACACGAAAAGCUAUACAAGGUUCCUUUGGGGCCGUGGCCGAAAGAUAAGAUUCUCAAGGAGGUUGGUCAGCUUCAAUACGCCCACUGGGUUGCUGCGUUGGAGGGCUGGGCUAUGUGGCUGCUCACCAAGUUCGGUGCACCCACUCCUUGGACUAAAGAGGAGGUCCAGGUGUAUUUGGCCAAGGUUCGGGCUGAGUUGAGGAAUCCUCGUACACAUGCUUAUGAAUAUGCUCGCCGAGUCUGGGCUAGGAAGCCUACGGUGGAGGAAGAAAUGGCCAAGUUGGCAAUUAAGACCCCUGAGAUUUAA